AUCGAUACCAAUUAUCGUAAAAAUAAUAAUUUUAAUCGUGAUUAGAAGGAAUCAAAGCUACGAUUGUCGAAGAAAGGGCUCAGUGCCCAAAACACAGUCGGCACCAUGGCGUUCUGGAGAAUUUGUUUUUUGUUGGCAGUGGCGUAUAGUCAGGUUCAAGCUGAUAUUGUUCCCGCCGACUACGUCGAAAAUGUGCUUGAAAGAGGGUCAUCCCGAAUCGUGUCUGGGUGGGAGGCGCAUCCUGGCCAGUUUCCCCACCACGCCGCCCUCCGCAUGGUGAACUCCGCCGGCGGAGUCAGCGGAUGUGGCGGCUCCGUGGUCCACCGCACUUGGGUCAUCUCCGCGGCUCACUGUACAGCCAUGCAGGUGACAAUCGUAGUCCGCGCCGGCGUGGUGUCACUGACUACCCCACAGUACAUAGGCGAGACGCGCGAGUGGUACAACUACCCGAGCUUCAACGACAACACUCCGCAAGUCGUGCAGCCUAAUGACAUCGCGAUCAUCAAGCUGGUCAGGCCCGUCGUCUAUACCGACUUGCUCAAGCCAAUCAGGGUCCAGAGCUCCGCUGACGCCUUCCGCGACUACAACAGUGAAAUUGUGCAAGCUAGUGGACAUGGAAGGCUUUGGACCAACGGCGCCUCUCCCGACAUACUCAACUGGGUGUACCUACGCGCGAUCAGCAACUCCGUGUGCCAGAUGACGUAUGGCGCCAACCUGAUUACCAGCAACACGAUCUGCACCCAGGCCUUCAACGUCACCUCGCAGUCCGUCUGUCAGGGUGACAGCGGUGGACCUUUGACACAUCUAGACAGUGAAGGGCGGCCAGUUCUGAUUGGAGUGGCUUCGUUCGUAGCGGGAGGCGAGUGGGGCUGCCACUCAGGAUUACCAGCUGGUUUUAUCAGAACCGGUCCCUUCCAAAGCUGGUUAGAGCAAGUUUCCGGCAUCAACUUCGAAAACCUAGAGGAAGAAGAUGAGACGACAUUAGCUCCUCCUACCACCACUACUACUGAACCUACCACAGUUGAGCCCACAACAAUUACGGCCGCACCUACCACAACAACUACAGAGGCUGUAACCGAAGUUACUACAACGCCUCCAGUAACUGAACCAACUACCACGGAACCUGAAGAAGAAACUGAAGCCCCUGAGCCGGAGGACUCAAGCGAGGAAGAUUCCGAUGAGGAACUCUCAGAGCUGAUGAAGAAACUCGAAGUCAAAGUCAAAGUUAGGGUCCGCUUAAACAAGUAUGGAAAAAAGAAGGAACAUAAACAUAAGCACAAAGUGACUUUAUAAUUAAUUUUGUUACCCAAUAGUAAAAUUCUUUACAAUUUACACGUGAUUGUAUGUUUACGUUAAACCUACCUACCUAACUAUGUAAUAAUUUGUACGAAUAAAUAUUAAUUUUUUCAUUGAAAGUUUA